UGUAACAGGAGUUUUACCAGAGCACUUGAAGGCAGCAGCAGCAGUGAGCACGUUCACUCGUUGCUUAGUGAACUCCUCAUCCCGCCAGCAGAGCGCGUUCCUGCGCCUCGUAGAGAGUAACAGAGAGCUGUUGGGGGGUACCUCCUCUCAGAGAGAACAAACCCACUCCCCGUUCUGCCUGAAACUGUGGAAAGGAAAAGCCCUGUUGUUGUUGUGUUUUUGUACCACUGUCAGAGAGCCCAUGCACUGCGAGCUUCCUCCACCGCCUCCACCUCCACUACCGCUCACAGGACUCUCCCAGGAUGCUGUCGAACAACCCGCACAUCGGACACAAAGUGGCCGGCUGCUUCAUUCUGCUCUCCCUCUUUCAUAUCAACUUCUCUGCUGGCAGCUCAGGAAAAGGCUCACAGAGCCAAGAUGAUAUGCAUGUCAUCCACAACAAUCAACUGGACCUGCGGGAGAUAGUGUUCGUCAUCCAGAGUCAAAGCAACUCCUUCCAUGUGAGGCAGGCAGAGAGACGGAGAGCAGACUUACUGAAGCAGGCACACAGUCUCACAGAGAAACCACCGAUGGUUUUGCUCCUUCACAAUUUAUCAGACAACGAUGGAGAUUGGAGCAUCCUUCCUCUGUUGCCUUACUUAUCCCACUCCUUUGGGAAAAACUCAUCCUGGAUUGUAUUUCUUGAAGAGGAAACAAAUGUGAAGAUGACUAAGCUGGUUCAAGUUCUUGCAAAAUUUGACAAGAAUAAAGAGUGGUUUCUCGGUAAGCCCCUCCAUGACGAGGAGUCGACCAUCAUCCAUCACUACGCGUUUGCAGAGAAUCCCUCCAUCUUCAAAUAUCCAGACUUUGCUGCCGCUUGGGCCGUAAGCACCCCCCUUGUUGUUCGGCUUGCAAACAAAGUGAAAGAUGAACCACUUAAAUCUGACUUCACCAUUGACCUGAAACAUGAGGUUGCCUUGUAUAUCUGGGACAACGGGAACGGUCCUCAUCUCACUGCCGUUCCCGAGCUGUGCACCGAGCCCGAGGACUCUCUUCAGACCCACCACUGUGCCACCACUCUGAGCACCGAGCCCCCUCUGUGUGGGGAGCCGGUAAAUAAAGAUGAUAUAUUUGUUGCCGUGAAAACGUGUAGGAAGUUUCACAGUGAAAGAGUUCCAGUGAUAAAGAAGACCUGGGAAAAGGAUGCCUUCUUUCUGGAGUACUACAGUGACCACGCUGAUCCUUUAAUACCAACCAUUAAUUUAGGAAUUCCAAAUACUGAGAGAGGCCACUGCGGGAAAACUUUUGCAAUCCUUCAGAGAUUCCUAAGCAGCUCUGUCCCAGACACCAAGUGGCUCCUUGUUGUGGACGACGACACGCUCAUCAGCCUCUCCAGACUGCAAGUCAUGCUGAGCUGUUACGAGCCCUCUGAACCAGUGUGUCUCGGGGAGAGGUACGGCUACGGCCUGAGCCAAGGCGGCUACAGCUACAUCACGGGAGGUGGAGGCAUGGUGUUCAGCAGGGAGGCUGUGGUCCAGCUUCUUAAGAGCGGCUGCAAGUGCUACAGCAAUGACGCCCCGGAUGACAUGGUGCUGGGAAUGUGCCUCAAUGCCCUCGGACUUCCUGUCACACACAGUCCGCUCUUCCACCAGGCACGCCCAGAGGACUAUGCCAGGGACUUCUUAGCUCACCAGGUGCCCAUCUCUUUCCAUAAACACUGGAACAUCGACCCCAUUGCUGUUUUCAACAAAUGGCUAAAGGAUGACUUGGGGGCAAAAGCUUCAGAUGGACUAAAUGAGAGCACAAAGACGGAGUUAUAAUCAUUUAAAGCACACAACUAGCCUGUAUGAGUAUGUAUGUAUGUAUGUACAGUAUGUGUGUGUGUGUGUUAUGGAGUCAUGGAACUGAAACAUUGUCCUUCACAGAUGUAAAUGUUUUUUUUUGUAUCGUUGAUGUUGAGCUGUAACUAAGAGGGACCAUGCGAGCGUGCAUCCAUGACUUAAUCUGUGAGUAUCUUCAUGACUGAGCUGCAUGUUGAGUUUUUUGCUGUUAUUUUGGAAAUAUGGAUAUAAUAUGUGUAUAUUUAUAUCAUAUGAAUAAUCUGAACCUCACAGAGGAGCAUCUUUCUUCUCUGGGAGAUAGCGUAUCUUUCAAAAAGUCAGUCACUAAUGCUGUACAAUGUGCUCUAUUUUGACAUAAAAGUAUAAAUAUUUGAGAAUG